UGUGCUCGUUACGUGAACAAUGUAAGCCGUCUUUAUGCGAAAAUAUCUCCUAUGCCCGAUAUAUCCCGUAUAUAUAAAGUCGACUUACUUGGUUACAUCGGAAGACGAAGCGGGGUCGGCGGACAUAUAUAGGAGUCAAUGGCACAAUACCACUCGAUAGCAAUUGGCAUUCCUCCUAUAGGAAGGUAGGCAUGCUAAGAUGGCUUGGUAUAUUUUUGAUGAAAUGGGCAUAUUUUCUUCGUGCUCUCUCCUCCUCAUCUCUUUUAACGCCACGUUAAGGGGCAUCAUCACAUCACCACAACCUUAGCAGCCAUGGUAUCCCGCCCACUCGCUAGCCGAACUCCCCACAACUCCGAACCCACCAACUCUUCCUCCCCCAGCCGAGAUGGCGCGGACGAUGAAGAAAACCGCCUCACGCAGAAAUUCGCGGCCUUCAGAUAUCUGGUCCCGCUGACCCAAAACCCGGACGUCCUCUUCCUCAACGCCGCGUCGGCGCCCCCGUCCAAUCUCGUCGUCCACGAGGCUAUCACCAAGUACUCAUCCGACGCGCUGUACGCGGCGGACCCGCACGCGGCGUGGCGCGAGACGCGCGAGGAGGCGCGCGGGUUAAUCGCGAGGUGCAUUAACGCGGAGAACCCGCGAACGCUGGCGUUCACGCGCGACACGACGGAGGGGCUAGGCGGGUUCGUGCGUGCCCUCGCCGGCGCCGCGGGGUUCGGGAAGGGGGAUAAUGUCGUGCUGCUUGAUAACGAGCACCCGAAUAUGGUGUUCUGCUGGCUUGCGCUGCGCGAGAGCACGGGGAUCGAGGUUCGGAUCGUGCCGACGGUGGAGCGGGCGCGGAGAGAGGGGCGAGUACGUGCCGUGGGGAUGGAGACGUUAAGGCCGUAUGUGGAUGCGCGGACGCGCGCGGUGGGGAUUAGUUCCGUUUCGUUCGAUGCGGGGCAGGUCCACGAUGUGCAGGGUAUCUGCGCGGAGCUGAGGCCCAGGGGCGUGCACGUCCUCGCGGACGUGUCGCAGCACGUGGGGAUCGCGCGCUUAGACGUCCGGGAGAUGGGCGUUUCGGCCGCGGCGUUCAGUCUGCAUAAGGGGCUGAACUGCCCCACCGGCGUAGGCGCGCUGUAUGUUUCGCCCCGCGCGUUCGCCGAGUCGGGGGACCUGGUCCCGCCCGUUGUUAAUAUGGCCGCGGUCGGGAAUAUGAGAGAGAGCUUGCUGGUCGAUGUGGAUCAGCCGGUGCAGUACUUCCCGGACGCGAGGAGGUUCGAGCAUCAGAAUAUGAGCCUGGUGGGCGUGGCGGCGGCCGCUGCGUUCACGCGGUUUUAUCUGGAGGUCCUGGGACCGGGGGAUGUGGAGGGGUAUCUGUAUUAUCUGACGGGGUCGCUGAGGCGCGAGUGUGAGGCUCUAGGGAUUAGGGUCGUGGGGCCGGUGGAGAGGAGGGAGAGGGCGCCGCAUAUUUGUGUGCUGGACCUGGAUGCGGAGACGUGGGGGCCGUACCUGGCCGGGUUUUGGGGCGCGAGGUUCACGGUGAAUCGGUUGGGGAUUCGGGUCUCGUUUGGCUUCUUCAACUCGGUGGAGGAUGUUAGGAGGUUUGUGCGAGUGCUAGAGUUAGGGGUUGAGAGGGGGUUGCGCGUGUGAUGCUGACGCAGUGUUGUAGGGUUAACCAUGAAUGACAAUACUAUUUC